AACUAGUCAUAUAAUGCGUGUUUUGCCCCGCAAGGAUAACAGCUAAUUAAUACCAGAACAACUACUCACUUGCCAAAAAUACAUCCCCUUGCGGUGCAUAUUUCGGGAUCAAAUCGGCGGUUCUUUUUGCUUUGUGGAAAGUGUGGGCUAUGUGGAAGCUUGGCUAGGAUGUCCUUCAGAAGAGGAUGUGCCCAUCUCCUGGCUCUGUGAUUGUCUGCAAUACAGAGAUAACAAAGAUUCAGACACAAUCACACAAGAUCCCUCCUUGGUACUAGUCAAAUAAGUGCCUUGUACAGAUAUAGAAGAUUGGUCAUUUAACGCAACAGUUAAUUGGUAGCUUUCGCCUGCACCUAAUUAAGAUAGUGGGAGAGAGCAGUCUUUGGAGCACAAGAAGCUGCUGAAACUAUGGCCGAUCUUGAAGUUCUUUGUAGCAAAGCCCAACCAUAUCACAUAGCCAUGGAUCCGAAAUUGCUCGAAGCAGUAAUAUCAGGAGAUGAAAGAAGUCUAGAUCAAUUAUUGCAACAAUAUUUUUCUCCUACAGCUUCGAGGGAGGAGAUCGCAAUAACAAUACCGGAGGAUGCUAGAACACAAAAAGUUACUAACCUCUUUGGAGUGACACCGGAUGGAAGCACAGCCCUCCAUAUAGUUGCUAGCCAAGGACAUCUGGAGCUUGCGAAGAAGAUAUGUCAUAGAGAGAGAUCUCUUUUAGAAACAUCAAAUACGAUGCUCGACACUCCACUGCAUCACGCUGCAAGGGCUGGGCAUGACGAGAUCGUCUCCCUAAUCAUCCAACUUGCAAAGGAGGGUUGCAUUGAAGCAAGGAGAGUGCUGAGGGCAACAAACAUGGACAAGGCCAAUGCUUUGCAUGAGGCCACCAAACAUAAUCAUGCAAGCGUGGCCACUACACUGAUUGAGGAGGAUGCCGAACUGGCAUCCAUGCUAAACGAUGCCGGCAUGUCUCCACUCUAUUUGGCCAUCGUGACAGGAUCUCUCAAUGUAGCCAAAGCCUUGCUGCAGUCUUCCUCUUGGGAGAGAGCUUCUCCAGUAUCCUAUGCAGGCCCUAACAAGAAAACUGUGUUGCAUGCUGCAGUCCUCUUGAGUCCAG